CAGAGCAAGCAAGGAUCCUCUCUCAUACAUGCCAACAUUCUACAAUUCUUCACACUUUUAUUUCACAGUAGCCUUAUUAUGGCAUGUAAGUCCAUCCGAGGUUCUGCCAUGGACUUUGACAACAUUUACUUAGAUCUAAAGACUCUCUUUUUGACGAUGAUGAUGUUUAAAUGGGGAAUCUUUUGCACAGCCACACCUGACAUGUGCUUGUCGGCACCCUGCCAAAAUGGAGCUACCUGUGUGGACACCAAGGAUGAUUAUGCUUGUAUUUGUGUCAACGAAGGGGUUCGAUACAUGGGCAAAAAUUGCGAUCAGCUCUAUGAUGCUUGUUCGUUUGCUCCAUGUGAAGAUUGCAUCAGCACUCCUGGUAUGCCAGAAUACCACUGCAGUUGCCCAGAUGGACUAUCAGGGAAUAACUGCACAGAAGAGGUGGAUGAGUGCCAGAGUAACCCCUGCUCUGAGCCAUAUUCUCUGUGUGUAGAUCAGCUGAAUGGGUACUUUUGCAGGUGUCCCGCUGGUUAUGGAGGCCCAGCAUGCCAUCGGCGUGUAAAUGAUUGCAUUCACAAACCCUGCGUUAACAAUGGCACUUGCAUUUUGCGCCCACAAGGCUUUAGAUGCCAGUGUAUAGCAGGAUACGAUGGGAAGAUUUGUGAAGAAGAUAUAAAUGAGUGCUUGUCAGAACCGUGUCAAAAUGGCGCUAUUUGUAUUGAUGGGGUGGCAGAGUUUCAUUGCUUCUGUGUGCCUGGAUUCCAGGGCUACAACUGUGAAAUUGACAUUAAUGAGUGUGCAUCCAGGCCAUGUGCUAACAAUGCUACCUGCAUCAACGAGAAGGACCACUACACGUGUGAGUGCCUCGUCGGCUUUACGGGAGUCAACUGUGACAGUGAAAUAGAUGAGUGUGAAUCGAACCCCUGCCAAAAUGGAGCCAUGUGCCACGACCUUAUUGGUUUAUACUCAUGUGAAUGUCCACGUGGAUUUGAAGGCAUACAUUGUGAAGCUGAUAUUGACGAGUGUGCGAGUGAGCCUUGCAGCAAUGGAGCUUCCUGCCGUGACAGAGUCAACAGCUAUGAAUGUGACUGCAGUGACACGGGAUUUGAGGGAGACCACUGUGAAGUGGACGUCGCCGAGUGUGUCUCUCAUCCCUGUCAACAUGGUGCCACAUGCCUGGAGGGAGUCAAACAAUACACCUGCCUCUGCUGGCCAGGUUACACAGGCACAAACUGUGAGAUGGACAUUGAUGAGUGUGCUGAACAUCCCUGUGAACAUGAUGGAGAAUGUUAUGAGCGUUCCAAACUCACCCACUGGGAACUAGACUGGGAACUAAGCUAUGCAAGUGUAGCUGGAUACAUUUGCCAUUGUUCGUCAGGGUUUGCAGGAGAGAACUGCACCGUCAACAUUGAUGAGUGUGAUUCUGAGCCCUGCCAGAAUGGAGCCACUUGUCACGAUCAAGACAACAGUUUCGCAUGUACCUGUCCUGUUGGAUUUUCAGGUUUUCUUUGUGAAGUGAAUAUAGAUGAAUGUGAAAGCCAACCAUGUCAGAAUGGUGGUUGGUGUGAAGAUGACACUGCUUCCUACAUCUGUCACUGUCCUGAGGCAAAGGUGGGUCAUCUUCCAUGGGGAGGCAAUGACUGCAGCGUCAAGCUCUACGGUUGUUUCCACCACGAAUGCCAAAAUGGAGCCACCUGCUCUCCAUGGUUUGAUGGUGUAGGACAUGGCCACACUUGCUUGUGCUCUCCGGGCUUUUAUGAUGAGCAGUGUUCGACGCAAACCACGUUCUCUUUCUCGUCUCCUGGAUUUAUUCCAGUUGCGGUUCCUCAAAAGAAGAUCCAGAUGGUUGAAAAUGGUAAUGGUUUUGGUUUUGCAAUAGAGUUGCGCUUUCAGACAACUUUACCAGAUAUGUUAAUCAUCUAUAGAGGAGAUGUGGACAACUUCAUCCUAUUAGAGAUUGUGAAUGGUUCUUUUCAAGCAAAAGCUUUUUCUGAUGGCUCCGAAAAGAAAAUGACCUUUCCUGCCUUUGUCAGCGAUGGAGAUUGGAGAGAUGUUCAUGUGUUUGAGAACAACAAAGGUCUACGUUUGACUCUGAAAGGACAUGGCUGUAACAAAGAUGGGUGCCAAGCUCAAGAUGAAUCACCUUUCCAGACUUUGGAAAGCCUUCUUCAUGUAUAUGUAGGUGGAGCACCAGAGGAAAUGUUACAGAACUCCAGGAGUGAAAAAAACUUCAUCGGAUGCAUGGAAGACCUGAUCAUUGACUCUGAAGCUGUUCUUCCUCAAACAUUUCAAGAGAAUCAAGGCCAAUAUUUUGGAUGUAGUAAAACUGAGUGGUGUAAGCCAGACCCCUGUUAUGGACGUGGACGCUGUGUCGACCUGUGGACCAGCUACCACUGUGACUGCCACCGUCCGUUUUACAGUGAAAGCUGCAGGGAAGAAUUGCAGUCGUGGACAUACGGUCACGAGGACAGUUGGAGUUAUAGCUCAUAUAAAAUUGGCAGGAGCCAUGGGAGGAACUUUCAAGUGUCCUUUUUCUUGAGGUCUCUAAAGCUGGAAGGACUAAUCUUUCAGCUGAGAACCCCCUCAGGAGAAGUAUACUUCUCAGUUUAUUUAAAUAUGGGCAGGCUUUUGAUCAGCUCUCUACCUAACGGCGCCCCACUAACCGCUCCCAUAUUUUUGGCGAGUGGCGAGAAGCACUUCCUUCUGGUGGAGAUCCAGCAAAGACAAGUGGUCUUUGAGCAUGCAAGUCUUCGUUACAGCGUAGGGGCCAUACCUGAGGUGGUCAUUAACGAAGGGGAUCAGGCUUACCUGGGUGGACUUCCUGAAGACUGGGACUCUAAGCCUUGGGGCGGACAUUACAAAGGCUGCCUGCAGGACGUCCGUUUAGAUUCAGUGCAUUUGGAGUUAGACGUAUGGAGCAACGAUGAUGAAGAGGAAAUGUAUUCAUCAAGUGGUGCUGAAAAUGUAAAGAGAGGAUGCAUCAGUGACGAUACUUGCAAGAUGAACCCCUGUCAAAACGGAGGAGAAUGCACGGUCACGUUCAAUGACUUCACAUGUUCUUGUCCGAAGGAGUACACUGGAGUUACUUGUGAAACUCGAGUUUGGUGUGUCAGUGAUCCUUGUUUAGAUGGAAGCCAGUGUGUGGAUCUCUCUGAUGGGUAUGAAUGUCUGCACAAUGCCACGUUUGACAACAGUCCUGCACAAUUCAGUUCUGGAGGUUCACUGACUGAACCUGUGUCUUCAAUAUACAUGGAGUUAAGGACCCGUUCUGACAAUGCAGUUCUCUUAAGGGCCUCCCGGGAUUCUGACCAGCUAAUGAUUGGUCUGCUGGAUUCCAUUGUUUGGGUUGAGAUUCACGUAGCCAACAGAGCCGAGACAGUGACCUUCACAGGAGAACGUAAAGUGGCUGAUGGGAGGUGGCAUCGAGUAAAUGUGUCGAUGACAACGAGAGAUCAAAACGCUUCUCCCUGGAUGAUCACUGUGGAUGGAAUUAUCGAUGCCAGUAGCCUGCCGCAGAUAACAGGGAGUUUACACUUUCUCAAUGAUAAAGGGGUUUUACUCACCUUAGCAGAGAGCUUUACUGGCUGUUUGAGUGCAGUAAGGGUUGGAGGAGUAUUUCUUCCUUUUGUCGAUGUCUACGACACUCCACAAUUGUCUCAGUUCCACUUAUUUGGGAAGCAAAUAAUUAACUUGGGUUGUAGUAGUGCACCUGUUUGUAAUUCCAACCCUUGUCUAAAUGGAGCAACUUGUAACGAUAUCUUUAAUAAGUUUUAUUGCGAAUGUGACUCCGGUUGGGAGGGAGAACAAUGCGACACGGAUACUGACGAUUGUGUAUCUCAGCCUUGUUUUAAUGGGAAGUGUAAGGACUACUUUGCUGGUUUUGAGUGUCUGUGCCACCCAGGAUAUGCCGGCCCUCUGUGUGAGGUGGACAUGGAUGAAUGUGAGCACCAUAUUUGUGAACAUGACGCCACCUGUAAAGACGGAACUAACAUGUACACCUGUAUAUGCCCAAAGGGUUACAGUGGGCCACUAUGCCAGUGGGACUACCCGCCACUACAAUGUCGUAAAGAUGUGCUUUGUGCAAAUGAUGGAAUCUGCAACGAUGGGCUCUGGGGAGCUAACUGUACAUGUAUGCCAGGUUUCAAAGGCAAAAGAUGUGAAAUGGAGAUUGACGAGUGUGACUCGAACCCGUGCCGACACGGUGGAUCUUGUUUGGACCGCUUCAACAUGUUCGUGUGUGAAUGUCCACCAGGAUACAGUGGCUCAAUCUGUGACAUCAACCAACAAACGCGUGAACAAGAAGUGUCCUGGCUGGUGGUCUUGGUGCCCCUGUUGUCCUUCUGCAUUCUCAUUUUCAUCCCCGCUUUUGUCUUCCUAAUACAAACAACGAGAACGAAGCGCCAGUCUGAGGGGGCUUACAGUCCCAGUUCUGAGGAGUUGGCUGGGGCUCGCUUGGCCAUGGACAGAAUGCUCAAAGUUCCACCAGAGGAAAGACUCAUCUGAACGAUAGUCAACAGCAGAAACUGUGCCGUUUUUUUUUUGUUUUUUUUUA